CCUGAACAUGGUAUCACUUAUGGCUUCGGCCAGGGGUCUGCGCAAUCACGAAACAAUGGAUUGACUGACCCUGAACGUCACAGUGAUGUGACAAAACGUGUCGCAAAGGCAACGGCCUUUGCCGUUGCUGCUGCUACAGCCGUCAAGGGCAAGAACCACGCCAAAAACAAGUGGCUUACCGAGGACGGCUAUAAUUUAGCAGCGUUCGAGCAAACUGUUGGCGCGUGGCAGAUACAGCUUCCGUUGCCACUCCCGAAAUGGAAGUCAGAACCGAAGAAGGUUUUGACAGUGGAGAAUAUCUGGCAAUACGAAGACAUUGUAGGCCAGAUUGAACUUUUGUUGCAACGCAUGAUCGAAGAAACUCACUACGACACUGUCCACAAUUUCCUCGAUUUCUAUCAAUCCUUCAAGCAAUCCAACGCCAAGAACCUACGUCGAUUCUUCCAAAAGUACGUUCCCCCCGUCAAUCGUCGUCACCACAUGUGCGUCAGUUUAGGCAUGGAAAUCAUCUCGCGCAUUUCCGACGUUUAUCCCGAAAUCGCCGAACUCUUUUAUCUCGUUUCGUGCGAAGAAGCUGUCGAAGAUGUUCCUGGCUACGUGGAGCAUUGCGAGGAACAACAAAUCGAAAUUGCAGCUUUUAGUCUCGAGAAGGAACAUGCCUUGGUGGCGAUGAAAAUCAACGUUGCAGGACGUGAUGGAAUGCUCAUCUUGGAUCCAGGUUAUCACGUUGCGCGUGCAGUGACGGUAAUGCAAGAUCACGUUUAUCCGCACACUGGAUGGUUUACGCAAUCUGAUGAGCCAGCAUGCAAACGGGAAUAUUCGUAUGUGUUUAAUGAGGAUAGCGAUUCGUUUAUUGAAUGGCGUGAACGGACAAUGCGAGCUGGAAAACAAAAGUUGGAAACUUCUUUGGUGUACGUUGAACGUCCUUACAUGACGGCAAUUGAUGUAACGGUACGACGUAAUUUGGUUUACAACUUUCGAUCUCUUCUUUCGCGUGAUGGCAAAGGACGCGUUUGUGCUGGAAUUUACUUCCCCAUCGCACUUAAUCCCGCAGAUGCCCAUUUCACCAUCUUUUACGACACCGCAAACGGACAAAGUGUCAAGUCGAAACAACUCUUCUCUAUCUUAGCUGAUGCAACGCGCAUCCCCGCAUCCGUAAUGCAACAUUUGGAAUGCUUAGCGCCACAGUUACGCUUCGAGCUCGAUGAUUUAAUGGCAUUGCUUAAAUUAGCGGCAGACUGUAUGUCUGAUUUUGAUUUUGUCAAGCAGCUUCUCCAUAUAAACAAUGAUAUAGGCGAGAUGUCAGCCGAUAACUGAGAAAAGGAGCGCCAGGAUAAUCCUGAGAAAGAUCCUGCGAAGGAUGAAAAGGCAGAUGAUGGCAAAGAAUCCUCAGUUAUCCUGAAUGAAUCUGACAAAAAUUAAAAAUUUUACUUCUACUAUUAUUAUUUCUUAUAUGGUGAAGGUAUAAUAUAGCAUUAAUAAGAUAAAUAUCUAUUUUAACCGAGUAAAAAAAAUAUUUUAUCCAAAAAACUAAAUAAUUAGAGAAUUAAUCGACAUUAGAUGACACGAAAUAAGGAUAGCGCAAGAUACUCUGAUAUGUUUUUUUUCUAGAGGAAUGCAAAUUGGAUUAUACUUGAGUUAGGAUUAUUUUAAGAUAAAUAUGUUUAUGUAGUGAUAGAUGGUAAUUUUUCGCAAACAAAACACACUUUAAACAACUCUGAAACUUUUAUGUAGUGACUUUUCGAAUACUUUGACACAAAUAUUAAACUAUCACACAAGUUGAAUCUAUAUCUCUAAUAUCUACUAUAUCCGCACUUAUCUCUCUAAACCACUCUAAUGUAUGCAAAUUAUUGUUACUCUUACAACAAAAAUCUAUAAAAAGUAUGUAUUUACAGAUAUUAUUCA